GCCAGGAGCUCUUUUCCCCUCUCUCUCUCUCCCUCCUCCCUUUUUGGAUUCUUCCCGUCUUGAGGCAUCGCCUGUCUGCCCCCAUCGGCCCAAGCCCACCACUCCCUUUGAGGAAUCAUAAAUCCUUGCCUCCCCGACUCUGCUCCUUCUUCUUCUUCUUCUUCUUCAGCUGUCCAGCCAGCCUCGCCUGCCUCCAAGGGAAAGGAGAGGAGUGGUGGAGCGGCGUCUCUCCGUGCUGCCAUGCAAGUGCACGCUCACGUUUCUUGCAGGUGUUCCUUCCGCGCGGCCAGUGAGUACUCUACUGAUGAGUGAGGAGUGAAUGAAUGGGAACUCAGGCAAUGCCGUCCGGUGGGGCCAUCUCGCGCCAGGGCUCGCUCUGCAGCCUCACGCUGAGCGACGUCGAGGGCCAGCUGCACGGCGUCAACCUCGACGACCUCCUCCGCACGGCCGGCUCGGCCAGGAGGACGGCUGACGAGGUGUGGCGGGACAUCCACGGCGCCGACGGCGGCACCAGCCGCCCGCGGGCCCAGAUGACGCUCGAGGACUUCCUGUCCAGGCCCGGUGGCGACGCGGGGGGCGCCCACUGGGCCGAGCAGUACAAUCCCCCGGCCCCGGUGCCGAGGCAGCAGCGCCACAACAACGUCGGGCGUCCCCUGCAGCGGCCGCUGGGGGUGGGCGCCGGGCCGGUGCUGGACGCGCUGUACCACGACCACGACGGGGCCGCCAUGUCCGGGCGAAAGCGUGCCGCCGUGGGCGGCCCCGGGGAGAAGACGGUGGAGCGGCGGAAGAAGCGGAUGAUCAAGAACCGGGAGUCGGCGGCGAGGUCGCGUGCGAGGAAGCAGGCGUACACGAACGAGCUCGAGAACAAGAUCUCCCGACUGGAAGAGGAGAACGAGCAGCUCAGGAGUUACAAGGCAUUUGAACCGGUGGUGCACUGUGUGCCGCAGCAGGAGCCAAAGAACCAGCUCCGGCGGAGGAACUCGGCCAGCUUCUGAUCAUCAUCAUGUUAACAGUACUAGUGUUGAACUGCCCGGCACUAAGGUUGCAAAAUUUGUAACUGACUACUCGGAAAAACAUUUAGCUAGUAGUACUAGUAAGAAUACUCCUCUGCGAUCUCCGACUUGCUGUGGUGCAUGGCAAUUGCUGGUUGCUGCACACCGCAUUGUACUCCUAUCCUGCGCUUUUUUUUCCCAGCUGGUGCAUUGCUUUCUGCAGCCUGUGAUUGCAAGAGUAUUCCAGUUAAGCUGUAAUGUUGUAUCUGGAAACAGAAUUCCUAGCCUAGCAGUCAUAUUCCAGCUCUUUACCA